GGACGCCGCAGACGUCAGACUCGCGCCACUUCUUGCUUCGCGAACCGGGGAGAACCGCAAGCUGCUGGUGAAUGAACGCUGGUCUCCGGUCACACUGAAGCGCUUAAACCGUGAAUUUAAACCGUAUUUGUGGUUUAAGGAUUCAGGAAUCAAGUUAAGUCACCCGAGGGGUCAACGCGUGCAGCCAUGGCUCGUAAGGAUUAUGCGGCAGAGAAAGACAAAUGCAAAAGGUUCCUGCAAGAGUUUUACUCAGAGGACGACAAUGGGAAGAAGAAGUUCAAAUAUGGAGCGCAACUUGUGGCGUUGGCACACAGAGAGCAGGUGUCCAUCUUUGUGGAGCUGGAUGAUGUGGCCGAGGAAGACCCGGAGCUGGUUGAGAGCAUCUGUGAGAAUGCAAAGCGUUACACGGGCCUGUUCGCCGACGCCAUCCACGAGCUGCUGCCAGAGUACAAAGAAAGAGAUAUUGUGGCCAAGGAUUCUUUGGACGUGUACAUUGAGCACAGGCUGAUGAUGGAACAAAGGGGUCGUGACCCAGCAGACACCCGAGACACUCGUAACCAAUACCCACCUGAACUCAUGAGGAGAUUUGAGCUGUACUUUAAGUCUCCCACCACCACUAAACCCAAAGUGGUGCGAGAUGUACGAGCGGACAGCAUCGGGAAUCUGGUGACCGUUCGAGGAAUAGUGACCCGCGCCACCGAGGUCAAACCCAUGAUGGCCGUCGCUACGUACACGUGUGACCAGUGUGGUGCUGAGACCUAUCAACCAAUCCAGUCUCCCACCUUCAUGCCCCUCAACAUGUGUCCCAGCCAAGAGUGUGUCACCAACAAAUCUGGAGGUCGACUCUACCUACAGACCAGAGGCUCCAAAUUUGUCAAGUUCCAGGAUCUGCGUAUCCAGGAGCAUAGUGACCAGGUGCCCGUUGGAAACAUUCCAAGGAGCAUGUCGAUUUAUGCCCGUGGAGAGAACACGCGUCUAGCCCAGCCAGGAGACCAUGUGGCCAUCACCGGGGUCUUCCUCCCUCUUCUGCGUUCAGGCUUUAAUCAGGCCACUCAGGGUCUUCUGUCAGAAACUUACCUGGAGGCCCAUGCCAUCACGCUCAUGAACAAGUCAGAGGAUGAUGAGCUUGGCAAUGACGAUCUGAAUGAUGAGGAGCUGCGCAGCAUUACAGAGGAAGGGUUUUAUGAGAAGCUAGCCGGCUCCAUAGCACCAGAGAUCUAUGGACAUGAAGAUGUAAAGAAGGCUCUGCUCCUGCUGCUGGUUGGAGGAGUGCAACAAGCACCCAAAGGCAUGAAAAUCAGAGGCAACAUAAACAUCUGCCUGAUGGGAGACCCAGGAGUCGCCAAGUCCCAGCUGCUGUCCUACAUUGACCGCCUGGCUCCUCGAAGCCAGUACACAACAGGCCGCGGCUCCUCUGGUGUCGGUCUGACUGCAGCGGUCAUGCGUGACCCCGUGACCGGAGAAAUGACUCUGGAAGGUGGAGCCUUGGUGCUAGCCGACCAGGGCGUCUGUUGCAUUGAUGAGUUUGACAAGAUGGCUGACGCUGACCGUACAGCCAUCCACGAGGUGAUGGAACAGCAGACCAUCUCCAUCGCUAAGGCUGGCAUCAUGACCUCCCUCAAUGCCCGUUGCUCUAUUCUAGCAGCAGCCAACCCCGCCUAUGGCCGCUACAAUCCCCGGAAGAGCAUUGAGCAGAACAUUCAGCUGCCCGCUGCUUUGCUCUCCCGUUUCGACCUGCUCUGGCUGAUCCAGGACAAGCCGGAUGCCGAAGCUGACCUGCGUCUGGCGCAGCACAUCACCUACGUCCACCAGCACUGCCGCCAGCCCCCCACUCACUUCACCCCAAUCGACAUGAAGCUGAUGAGGCGUUACAUCGCUGUGUGUAAGAAGCGGCAGCCUGUGGUACCCGAGUCACUGGCUGAUUACAUCACCGCUGCUUACGUAGAGAUGAGGAAAGAGGCCCGAGGCAGCAAAGACACCACCUUCACCUCUGCACGUACCCUCCUGUCCAUCCUCCGUCUGUCCACUGCCCUGGCUCGCCUGCGCAUGAUGGAGACUGUGGAGAAGGAAGACGUCAACGAGGCAAUGAGGAUGAUGGAGAUGUCAAAGGAUUCGCUACAAACCGACAAGUCCAGCGCCACAAGAGCUCAGCGUCCGGCCGACGUCAUCUUCUCCCUGGUGCGCGAGCUCUCCACGGAGGGCGUGGCAGGCCGCGGUGGAGCCGGCGGAGUCGUUCGCAUGGCUGAAGCAGAGCAGCGUUGUGUCACUCGUGGCUUCACCCCCGCCCAGUUCCAGGAAGCGCUGGAGGAGUACGAGGAGCUGAACGUUUGGCAGGUCAACCAGGCCCGCAGCCGCAUCACCUUCGUCUGAAGAAACCUGCAACACGCCUUCAUGCACGCUGCGUUUCAGUCACUUGAGGGGAAAACUCUUCAUUGUGGGCUUUCUACAGACUUAACUUUGGGCGCUGCAUUUUCCCUCCUCCAGCGUUUAGCAACACAAGUCAAGCAGAACCUGGACAUUUUUUAAGCUUGACUGUUUUGCUAGAAUCCCAGAUGUUGGAGACCCAUAGCUUGUUAUAUUCUUGUUCACCAGUAAAUCUCUUGUAAAUAUGUAUGUCAGAAUUUGGAAUUGUGUAGCAUCUGCAGUUUAAAGCUCCUGGUUUCUUUGACACAGAGCAUUUCUGUACAUUUUACACUCUAAUUCAAAUAACAAAAUAUAGAUUUAAGGUUGAGCCUUGUAUGUCAUGGAUUAUUAUAAUAAAUUGAUGGU